AUGGACGAGGCAUAUACUACAAGAUGUUCGUCGCAGGCCGCCAGAGCCGAGCCUGCAGUCUCAGCGAAAACAGAGCGUGCCAGGUCGGCUGCGUGCCGGGCAGCUCCUCAGUUUGGCCCUGGCCCUGCGGGUCACACCCGCAGCGCCGACGAGCUCGGCGGCGCACGCUGUGCCGGAGGCGUCCUCCCCGCGUCGGCGCAGCCUUCCACUCCCAGCCUCGUCGUCCCUUGCGGUCACCGCCGGUCCGAGGAGCUCGAGCUGGAGGCUCCGCCUCGGCUGAUGCGAGCGGCCGCUCGUUUCCGCGACGAGGCCGACAGAGGGCACACAGCACACGAGCUCAGACCAACCGCCAUCCAGGCGAACGUGCGGCAUCUCGGGGCGGCCAUCGAUUUGGCAGGAGAGAUCGAGUCCCUUGAGUUUGCGGCGGAGGACGUCGAUUGCGUUUGGAAUGACUGGGUGGACUGGAGCGUCUGCCAGUUCACAUGCGGGGGAGGCGAAUCCAUCAGGACCCGCAAAGUCAGAAUAAUGGCGCAGGGGCACGGCAAGGCUUGCGAUGGCAACGACCGAGAGUCCAGGGAGUGCACAAAGAAUGACUGUCCGGUGGACUGCUUGUGGGCAGACUGGUCGAAGUACUCGGCGUGCAGCUCGACCUGUGGUCCAGGCACGAGGAGCCGCUCACGUGACUUUCGGAAGGCAGCUGAAUUUGGCGGUGCCCAGUGCAUGGGAAACACCACACAGACGUCAGACUGCAAUUUGGGCGACUGCCCUAUCGACUGCGAGUACGCGGACUGGGACCAAUGGGGCGGCUGCUCCAAGUCCUGCGGCAAGGGUACGCGAAAGCGCUUCCGAAGCGUCGCCGUCCAGCCUAGUGCCGACGGAGCACCAUGCGAAGAAAUUGGGUCGGACAUGGAAGAGACCAGCUGCGGGCAGAACAGCUGCCCCGUGGACUGCGUCCUUACGGACUGGGGCUUAUGGGAGCUCUGCGACGUGAGCUGCGGCAUGGGUGUCACCCGACGCACACGAUCAGUCCAGGUUUAUGCAAGCUAUGGUGGCUUGGCAUGCGAGAGCCUGUCCGAAAACAAGACCUGUGACAACGGCGUUUGUCCCGUUGACUGCGAGCUCAGCGACUGGAGCGAGUGGAGCCCCUGCGAUCGCUCCUGCAAGACCGACUCCGAACCCGGACACCGCAAACGUUUCAGAACAGUGGUGGAGCAAGGGAACGAGCUGGGGAAGCCUUGCCCAUCAAACCAGACGUCGAUUCAGCAGACGGGGACUUGCAGCUUGAAACAAUGCCCGAUAGACUGCAAGCUCUCGGACUGGACGCUCUGGUCCGACUGCAGUGUCUCCUGCGGGCCCGGUCAAGCAGAGAGAUCGCGACAGGUGCAGGUAGCAGCCCUCUUUGGUGGUCGGGACUGUGCUGCCGGGAAUUUGACCUACGAGAAGAAGUACUGCAGCGUGGACACCUGCCCUGUGGACUGCGAGUGGAAUGACUGGCAGGAUUGGCGCGGUUGCUCUGCAUCCUGCGGCCUAGGCCGUGGGCUGCGCAUGCGGGAUGUCCGAACGCCCAUGCUGCACGGCGGAAAGGAUUGCGAGGGUGGCUUCUCCCAAGAGCGGGACUGCAACCUGCGCUUUUGCCCACUGCACUGCGGGUUGGCUGAUUGGAGCGACUGGGGCAGCUGCAGCACCAGCUGCGGAGACGGCCAGGAGGCUCGUGAGCGCAGCGUGGCGGUUGAGGCAGACUAUGGAGGGAUCCCGUGCACGGGGUCCCCCACCCAAGCUUCCAGAGGCUGUUUCCUCGCGCAUUGCCCAGUGCACUGUCAGUGGACGGACUGGACGGACUGGGGGGAGUGCACGAGCUCUUGCGGUUCAGGCCAGCAGGCGCGCACGCGCGCCGUCGCCGUGCAACCUGCCUACGAGGGGGACAUCUGCGAGGGCUUCGCCUCGGACAGCCGGCGUUGCGAGAGUCUGCCGGUUUGUCCCACAGACUGCGAGUGGGACGUCUGGACCGACUGGGAGGCUUGUUCCGUGACCUGUGGAACGGGCGUCUCCAGGAGGACACGGGCGAGGAAGAAGUACGAGAAGGAUGGCGGCCACGUCUGCUGGGGUACCGAAGAUGACGAGCAGGUCUGCUCGCUGGAUGCUUGCCCAGUCGAUUGUUUGCUGGGAGAUUGGUCUCAGUGGUCGCAGUGUUCCAUGACGUGCGGUAAAGGUUCACAGACGCGACUUCGGGGUAUUCGGAAUGGUCCCGCGUACGGCGGCAAGGCUUGUGAUCCGAAGCUCAACGAGACCACGACGUGCGGAGCGGAGACCGAGUGCCCGAUCCACUGCCAGUGGUCUCACUGGGAAGCUUGGAGCACUUGCAGCCGUAGCUGCAACGGCGGCACCUACACCCGCCAGCGCGUCGAGCAGGUUCCUGCAUCGCAUGGCGGCCGCUCCUGCUCGGGCUCCGCGGACGAAGACGGCGUCUGCAACGUCCAAGGCUGCCCCGUGGAUUGCAAGUGGGUGCCGUGGAGCGACUGGGGAAGCUGCUCCGCUUCCUGCGGUGGUGGCACCAGGAUGCAGACGAGAGUCGUCGAGGUAGCGCCAGAAUGGGGUGGCCUAGAGUGCGAGACCGACGCCUCCGGUGGCCCCAAGACCCAGAAGACGGAAAGUUGCAACGAGCAGCUCUGCCCGGUGGAUUGCGCAUGGUCCAGCUGGAGCAAGUUCAGUCUCUGCUCCAAGACCUGCGAUGCCGGGACCAUGUCCCGGAAGCGCACCAAGGCGCCGGAGUCGAACGGCGGCAAGCCCUGCACCGGCGACGAGGAGGAGUCCAACUUUUGCAACACGCAGGGCUGUCCGCGAGAUUGCCAGUGGAACGAAUGGACCCAGUGGACUCCGUGCUCAAAGCUUUGUGGUGGGGGCAAAAUCAAGCGCUUUCGCGACAUUGCCAUCCCCAGGAAGAACGGCGGGGAGCCCUGUGUCGGUCAGGCAGAGCAGGAAGCAGAUUGCAACGUGCUGGACUGUCCGGUGGCCUGCGAGUGGAACGAUUGGUCUGACUGGAGUGUCUGUCCGGUGACCUGCGAUGGUGGCACCCGGAUGAAGCAGCGCAGUAAGAAGCAGCAGGAGCAGAGCGGCGGCCUCCCCUGUGCGGGCAACGACACGGCACGGGAGUUCUGCAACUCCGAGCCCUGCCCGGUGGACUGCAGCUUCGGCCUGUGGGAGGAGUGGAGCGACUGCUCCACGAGCUGCGGCUUGGGCCAGCGCUUCCGCACACGAGUGAAAUCUGCGGAGCUGUACGGGGGCAGGCCCUGCGAGGAGGCCAUGAUGCAGACCGGUGGCUGCGGCACUGCCAACGAGACACCUGGCUGCCCCUUACUCACAGCACCGACGACCACCGACGGGACUGCGAAGGCGGUUGCGCAGGGCGAGUGGGGAUCGAGCAGUGGCGGUGCCUACAACCCGAAUGCUCACGGGCAGCAGCAUGAGAUCCCUCAUGCUGACGACUUGCUGAAGAACUUCAGCAUCGUGAAGGAUCCACGUGGAAUUCCAAGCACCACGACAACAGAGACGACCACAAGCCCACCGGUGCCUUGCACGAAAGACCAAAUCGAGGCAGCAUUGAAAAAGUACGAUGACUCGGAUACCAAGACGCUCGACGAGGUGAUCGAAGACCUCACGGGCCACAAACCCACGGAGGCUCCCGAGGAGAAGCGCUUGGUUUCGAACGUCUCGGAGGCAGAUCCGAAGGCCUCGGCGGUGGCCAAGGAGGCCAUCCGUGCCAUCGCCAAGAACCCGGAAAAAGCCGAAGCCGUUCAGGCCGUCGUGAAUGCCUCCCUGUCGCCCGGCCUGACAACUCUUUCCGAGCUUAUGGACGUCCUGAAGGCGAUGCCAAGGAGUCCUGCUAUCGACAUGCUGGUGGCAAACCUCACGGCACAGCUGGCCAACAUGAACAUGACCGCCGAGCAGGCUUUGCAGGCCUCACCACAGACCUUGGACACCUACCUGGUUGAACGGGCACGGCAGCUCAUCGACGACUUCAUGAAGGCCUCGAAGGAUCGGACCGGUGGCGAGCUGGAAGCAAUCAGGAACCUCUCCGCUGCCGCGGCGGCCGCACCGAUGACGGAGGCUUCGAAAAACUUCACAGUGCCGUUCUUCGCUGGCAAGGACGGAAAGCAUAUUCUCGCGGAAGUUGGCGGUGAUCUGGCCUUGGACGUCCAGGAAGCCGACCAGUUCGUUUCCAGCCCUGUCGUAAAGGUCGCCAUGAUGAAGGCUGUGGCGGCUUUGGCGAAUUGCCAAGUCUCUGCCGUCAAG